AAUAUUUCAAUUGGUCAGUCCCUUAUUGGUAUAUUUACAUCCUGUAUGGAUUGCGUCGGUAUGACCUAAAGUUACAAGCAUUAUAAUCAGAGAUGAGUGAGGAUACAUUCAAAUGACACGUCCCAGAUAGGAUGAAACGAGCGUUCUGGAUCCCAUAACUAGCUAUCAUCCAUCUCUGUUUGAAAUGUUUUAUUGUUUAGUUGAAAGAGUUUGAUAAAGGUCAGUUUAAUUUUUAGGUGGUAUUCAUUACAUAUUGAUUUCAAUUGGUAUAUCACUGAAAACUAAACAACAUUGGAUAGAUGUUUCAUUCGAAUAUGGGACUCCGAUGCUUCGUAUUUAUUACCCCACGUAGAAUAUAAUCCAGAACAUUGAGGCUUCACAUUGAGUUCGUUAUCUUCAAAUCAUUGAGUUAUCAUCUACUGACUUACAUUUAUGAUCUUUCAUUUAUAUUUACAGAAAUCUUCAAAAUCGAACUAUGUCAGCUUAUAUAAACGAAAAUCCCAUUUUAUCUGUAUUUAUUUCUAAGGGUGAAAAAAUGAUUUCUGAAAAUGAAAAUAAAGAUAAUAACUUGUUCGAUGUGAAGUUACCAGCGAAUAUAUUAUGGAAAAGUCAUGAGCAUUUACCAGUUACCCAACCUUCCGUUACAGAAUACUCUUCAAAUCAUAUAGACAAUGUGACUGCUAUCACAGAUAUGACAAAUUCACACUUCCUAACAAGAUCUGAUAGUAUUCAUCAAACUAAUUUACCUGUACACAAUGGUUUCAACCCAAUUUACCACUCGAAUGAAUUACAAAUACAUACAUCCAAAGAAUUUAGAGAGUUAUCAUCAAAUGAUGGACAUUUUCAAUCAAUAAUACCUUCUAGGUCUAUAUCAACACCUUCAUAUUCAACAAUGGCCACAUCUUCAAAUGAACAAGAAGAAAACAAAAAUAACUUUCCUGAGAAUUAUAAUCUACUAUCAAGUACAUAUUAUCAACAAUUUUUAUUAAAACAUUACAACAGAAAUGUGACUGAUGAAGUCACUAAUUUAAUGGAUGAAAACUAUCGUAACUCAUUGAUUAUGUCAUCCUAUGUUAAUCGUUUACAACAUUCAGAAAAUUUAGUUUGUACAAGUAACAUCAACAAUCUUUUUACCAGUACUAAUACUAUUACAACAACAACCGCUUCUACUUCUGCUACUAACGUCACCGAUAUACAUGCUACUAAUUUCAAUACAAGUAGUAUAAGUCCAUCGAGUCAUAAUCAGUCAAUUCAUGAAAAUUAUGAAUUUAAUAGCAAUCCUACAAACUUGCAACAUCAUCAUCAUCGUCAUCAUUAUGUUAACCCUGAUGAUAAUAAUUUUUCUGGAAAUUUAAACAAGCAUUAUAAUUCAGGAAUGCAUGAAAAUUAUUUACCUUGGACAGAAUGUUGUAACAAUAGUGACUAUAACAUUGAUUAUUUGAAUAAUGAUCACAAGAGUAGUGAUUACAUAACAGAAACUGAUUCAUUGAAAAAUGAACAGAGUUUUCAUGUAAAACAAUAUCAGAGUCAACAAUCCAAUUGGUUGAAUGAUAUACACACUUGGGUAAAUAAUAGAUUUUCACAUGAUAAUGUUAAUAAUGCAUUAAAACCAACAAUUAUCAAUAAUGAUAAGAUCCCGCCUACAAUUAAUUCCACAUUCAGUUCACUUCAACCUCAUCCUUGUUCAGUCGAUCAAUCUGUAUUUGAUACCGACAGUAAUAAUAAUAAUGUGAGUAGUCAAAAUCAAUCAUUAAAUAUUCAAAUGAACAAUCCAUAUUGUUUUAUUACAAGAGCUGAAGAUAGAAAUAUCGAUCAAAACUCAAUCGAAUCAUAUUUAUGUUCAAAUUUUGAAACAGACUGUAGACGAACAUUUCAUUCACCCCUAUCUAUUGGAGAAAGAUGUUUAAAUUUCAGUGAAAAUAAUUCGAAUUUUUGGUCAAAUAAUAUGUGUAAUUUAUUGAACACAACUGAUCGCUAUAAAUCAAUCUUAAUGGCCGCUGCUAAUGUGCAAUAUCCAACAUAUAAUCAUCAUCUUAAUGACAAUAAUAAUAACUUAACAGGACAAUCAGAAUAUGCAACACUCUAUGAAACAUUUCUUUCUGCUAACAAUAAUGGCCCCAUAGAUAUGAAUAUCGAAGCGAAAUGUUCAAUGUUCACUAAUAAUCAAACAGAUAAUGAAAGUGAAGUAAAUGCAUCGAUAAAUAUACCUAAAAAUUUAUUUCCUCAAUCACCAUCUCCUUCAUCACCGUUAUCUGGUGAGACAAAAGUAUCGUUGAAUGUUGAACAUCCACUCAUUCCUCCAAGGUCGUCAGCAUUAUUAACAUUAAAUAGUAAUAACAAUAGCAAUAAUAAUAAUUCCAAUACAAUUAAACGAUAUAUUGGUCGACCAACAUGCGACUGUCCUAACUGUCAAGAAUUAGAUAAUUUAAAUUUAACGAAUCCAAAUAUAGCAAGUGAAUUAAGGCGAAAAAAUCUACAUAAUUGUCAUGUACCUGGUUGCGGUAAAGUCUACAAUAAAACAAGUCAUUUAAAAGCACAUUUAAGAUGGCAUACAGGUGAACGUCCAUUUGUAUGUAAUUGGUUAUUAUGUGGCAAACGAUUUACACGUUCUGAUGAACUGCAACGUCAUUUACGUACACAUACUGGUGAAAAACGUUUCCUUUGUCCUAUUUGUCAUAAACGUUUUCUUCGAAGUGAUCAUUUAAAUAAACAUAUACGUACACAUUCCGAUUCGACAACAACAACCGUAAGCGAGAAUAAUGAACACAAUCUAAUUAAGUCAAUUGAUAAACAGUAUUUAACUAUUAAUACAACAAACACUACCUCAACAACUACUAGUAAUACCAGUACUACUAACACUUUUAUCAGUAGUAAUAUCAAUGAUGAUAAUAUUAAUACUGAUAGUUGUACACCUUUAAGCACUUCAUGUAAUCACAAUAUCGAAGAAAAUUUUAAUGAAUAUACUAUGUGAUGACAACAUCACUGAUGGUGAAAUCAGUGGGUUUUUUUACCAUCUUUAAUCAUAGUCAUUUUUGUUACACACUUUUAUUACUUCCUUAAAAUAUACAGACAAUGACACAUGGAAGUAAAUGUAUAGAAUAAACUGUGCACCAAACCGAAUACAUCUAGUAAUGUCAUUUAAUUAGUCCCUCAUCCCAUUCCGAUCUUAACUAAUUAAUUGCAUUUUUAACUUAUUCUUCGGUUUAAUGAAGAAGAAAAAAACAAUCUAUUUUUACUUUUCAUAUGACUUCCGUGUGUUUUAAGAAAAAUUGGAAUCUAUUAUUGUUUGAAUUAAUAAAAAUGAUUAAUUUUUCUUUCUUUCAUUUAAAUACUUUUAUUGUUUCGCUAUUGUUUAUCUAUGUAUAGACAUGAGUGAAUCAAGUUUUUGUUUUGUCUUUUGGUUUACAAAUAAACAAGUUUUGAAUACGUUUUUGAUAACC